AUGACGAAGGUCUCAGGCAAGCAGAAGCAGUCGUACCAGGCACCACUGAACUACACGACUGAUAAAGAAGCCACCGGUACUGUCGAAAUAUUUGACACCGCUGCACCUGCAACAAGCGAAAAGGCAGAGCCUGCCGCCAAAGCCAAGCUGCACCUCGAGCGCGCCAAAAUGUGCAGUGUCACAUCCGCUCCUGUCGAGGACAUCACGAGUCGCUUGAGCGGUGGCAACUUCGGUGAUAUCACUGUCGAUGGCAGCAAAGACACUCAUCCGAACGGUCACCGCGAAUUGUCCCAGUUGCGCGAACUCCUCACCAAAGUCCUGGAUUUCCAGACAAAGCAGCUGGCCAUCGACGAACGCAUCCUCCAACUGAAAGAGAAUACUCCUCAGAAGGGCGCCGACGGGAACGCCGAAAUGUCGGCCAAUAAUGUUCGAGUGAUGGAGACUGUGAUUGAACAGAAGACAAAUGAGAAGUUUCGAGAUAUCUCCAUCAAAUUCGAGGAAAUGACUAAGAAGCUCAAUAAAUCCGAGAAGCGCAAUGAGCAGCUGGAGUCCGAGCUCGAAGCGCUGAAGACCAAGAUGAAGAAGAGUGCAGGCGGCAAUCAACGUCCCAGCAUGACCCAGCACCACCGCAUCGUGAGUCGCGUGGCAGAUCUUGAGAAGAAGCAGAAACAAACGACGGAACUAAGCCGCAACGUCGAACUUCUCGAGCUCCAGUCCCAAGUUCAAAGACAAGUCAACCAGCUUGAGUCGACUGCCGCUGCCGAUUAUGACUACUUGACCAGGAAAGUCGAACGCCUAGAGUCAGACGUCAGCGCACAGGAGACCCUCGUCUCGUUGCAUGGCCCGAGACUUGUCGCGAUGAACGGCAGAGUUGAAGAGUUGCGAAAUGCGGAGUCCAGGAUCAAGAUGCUGGAGAUGAACGCGGAAGCCUCGACGGCUGAUUGGAAGAGAGAGAUAAAGAACUUAACAGAGUGGGUCUGGGAUCUCGGCGACUUUGAGGAUGGACUGGAUAUCAAGACGAGAGAAUGGCUAGCCGAGCUGAAUGAUCGGAUCAGGGUCGUGCAGCGAGAGUCGGGCCAUGCGAAAUACGACCGUGUCAGCGCUCGCAAGCUGUGGAGUUACGAAGACCUCAUGGCUACUGGAAGAGAGCGACGAGGAGACUAAUUUGGCUUCAAUGUUGAACUUUUUGGCUUGAAAGUCGACGAGGUGACUAAUUUGGCCUUAUGUUUCAUGAACUUCUUGGCGUGCAAGUCAACGAGGUGUAGCGUAAUGGCAGAAGUAUGAGGACAGCGACGGGAGGAGACUCAACAACAGCGUGUCAGCGUCAGCAUAGUGUCAAGCUAGGAUAGCGAGUGGGAAAGAGGGUACUCAGACCCG